UCGUGUCAUUUCAAUAUGACGUGUCAAUACCAAAACCAAUCAAUCAAGCUCCAACUCCCACUAGGAUACAAUCACAUACGUCAGUGCACACGAAAACCUUGUCCUGUGAUUCAUUAUUUAGCUACCAGAAGUAGCCAUGGUACCAGUACCACUAAACCAGGGAAGCCGUUACGAUUUCACUACGCACAAUCAAAGCUAAACAAAGAGAAAACAGAAAGAACAGAGAAUUUCAAAAUGAGCGGCGACGGCAAGGUCGUGUGCGUCACCGGAGCUUCUGGUUACAUUGCUUCUUGGAUUGUCAAGCUUCUUCUCCAACGCGGUUACACCGUUAAGGCGUCCGUUCGUAAUCUGAAUGAUCCAAGAAAAACAGAGCAUUUGCGUUCACUCGAGGGAGCAGAGGAGAGGCUUAAAUUGUUCAAAGCAAAUUUACUAGAAGAAGGUUCAUUUGAUGAGGCUAUUGAAGGGUGUGAAGGUGUUUUUCACACUGCUUCGCCUUUUUAUCACGAUAUUACUGAUCCUCAGGAAUUAAUUGAUCCAGCGGUGAAGGGAACACUUAAUGUUCUGAGUUCAUGUGCAAAAACUUCUUCUGUCAAGCGAGUUAUUGUGACAUCUUCUAUUGCUGCAGUUGCUUACAAUGGAAAACCUCGAACUCCCGAGGUAGUAGUGGACGAGACUUGGUUUUCUGAUCCAGAAUUUUGUAAACAAUCUAAGCUUUGGUAUGUGGUCUCAAAAACCUUGGCUGAAGAUGCUGCAUGGAAAUUUGCAAAAGACAAGGGCUUGGACAUAGUUGCAAUAAAUCCAGCUAUGGUUAUUGGUCCUCUCUUACAGCCUACACUUAAUACAAGUGCUGCUGCAGUUUUAAGCUUACUAAAAGGAUCAAGUACUUUUCCUAAUGCAAGUUUUGGCUGGGUAAAUGUCAUAGAUGUUGCCACUGCACACAUUCAAGCUUUUGAGAUUCCAUCGGCUAAUGGAAGAUAUUGUUUGGUCGAGAGAGUUGUACAUUAUUCUGAAAUAGUGAAUAUUUUGCGUGAACUUUACCCCGACUUCCAAUUUCCAGAAAAGUGUGCGGAUGAUAAACCUUAUGUUCCAACAUAUAAAGUUUCAAAGGAAAAGGCAAUCACUCUGGGUGUCGAGUUUAUUCCGUUGAAUGUGAGCAUAAACGAAACAGUGGAAAGCUUAAAAGAGAAGGGAUUUCUUAUUCUCUGAACAGCUCAUUUUGCUAGCUUCCGAAGCUAUCGAAGUGCACCAUUGGACAUUCCUUCUUUUGAGUUCUUCGCAGAACCUUUUCUUACUGUUGUUGUUCAAUCUUUAGCAGAGUCUGGUGUUAUUUUCCCGUAUGCAUGCCCUGUUUUUCAUUGAGAUAUGUCUUUAUAGUUAAAUUAUUGAAAUUUGUACAAUUUUGAACGAGCUCAAAGUGAAAGGGGUUUUUGGUCAUAACAUGGAACACAGUAAUUAAAUUUUAAGGGUUUUUUGGUCA